AUUCCCCAUUUUGGGCCCUUCGUCUCCCUCCUCGCGACCUCGACCGCCUCCUCCCAUGGCGAAGCCCGAGAACUCGAAGCUCCUCGCCACGGUGGUGGCGAAGCCCGCUUCUCCCGACCCCGACGUCGACCCCUCUAAGUGCUCGCUCGAGAAGUUUCGCCUCUACGAGACCCGCGCCAGGUUUUACCUGGUCGGGAGCGAUCGGGAGAAGCGCUUCUUCCGCGUGCUCAAGAUCGACCGAAGCGAGCCCUACGAACUCAACCUCAGCGAGGAUCCCGUCGUGUACACGCCCCAGGAAGUGAACAACCUCCUCCAGCGCAUCAGCGAGGGCAAUCGCUCCACCGGAGGGCUCAACUUCGUCGCCAAGGUCUACGGCAUCGCAGGGUGCAUUAAGUUUUUGGAGUCGUACUAUUUGAUUCUUGUUACGAAGCGAAGGCAAAUUGGGGCCAUUUGUGGGCACGCGAUCUAUUGCAUUGACGAGAGCCAGAUGAUAACUGUCCCCCAUUCGUCCAUACAAUCUGAUGUUGCGCAUUCUAAGUCGGAGAUAAGGUACAAGAAGCUCUUGUCUAGUGUUGAUCUCACAAAGGACUUCUACUACAGUUACACGUAUCCGAUCAUGCAAAGCUUACAGAAAAAUGUCCUUUCAUCAGGAAAGGAGAAGAUGCCUUAUGAUAAUUUAUUUGUCUGGAACGAGUUUCUCACACGGCCGAUACGGUCAAGAUGCAGUAAUACGCUUUGGACUAUUGCUUUGGUUCAUGGACACUUCAAGCAGGCUAAGUUAUCAAUAUUUUGGCGAGAAUUUACUGUUGCCCUAAUUUCCAGACGGUCUCGUCAUUUUGCUGGGACACGGUACCUGAAAAGAGGAGUAAACGAUCUAGGCAGAGUUGCAAAUGAUGUUGAAACUGAACAGCUAAUCCUUGAUGAAGAAGCUGGGCUAAGCAGGGGUAGAAUGAGUUCAGUUGUGCAAAUGCGAGGUUCAAUUCCCCUUUUCUGGUCCCAGGAGGCUUCUAGAUUUAGUCCUAAACCUGAUAUCAUCUUACAGAGAUAUGAUCCUACAUACCAAGCAACGAAGUUGCAUUUUGAAGACCUGGUUCAGAGAUACGGAAAUCCAAUCAUUGUACUUAAUCUAAUCAAGACUGUUGAGAAAAGGCCACGAGAAAUGAUGCUGCGCCGUGAAUUUGCUAAUGCAGUCGGAUAUCUUAAUCAGAUUCUCCCAGAAGAAAAACAAUUGAAGUUCAUUCACUGGGAUUUCCAUAAAUUUGCUAAAAGCAAGUCGGCCAAUGUACUGGCUGUUUUAGGAGGAGUGGCUAGUCAAGCGCUCGACUUGACUGGUUUCUAUUGCAGUGGAAAACCCAAAAAUGAGAAAAACAGAUCAAAUCAGCUUAGUCGAACAAGCACUGGAAGAGAAGCUAGUUCUGGGGAUCUAUCCAGGUUGUCUAGUAAUAUAGAAAUUUUUAAGCCCACAUCUGCACAGGAAAGACGGAAGGAGUUGAAUCAACAGCGGUCAGUGGAAAAUGAGGCUCGUUUCCAAAGCGGGGUUCUCCGCACAAACUGCAUUGACUGCUUGGACCGUACAAAUGUCGCCCAGUAUGCUUACGGCCUUGCAGCCUUAGGUCGCCAACUCCAUGCAAUGGGGCUGUCAGAUGUGCCCAAAGUUGAUUCGAACAGCAGCAUUGCGGAAGCUCUCAUGGAAAUGUAUCAGAGCAUGGGGGACGCACUCGCUCAGCAAUAUGGAGGCUCCGCUGCACAUAAUACGGUUUUCCCUGAGAGGCAAGGAAAAUGGAAGGCUACUACUCAAUCUCGUGAAUUUCUGAAAUCCAUCAAGCGAUAUUACAGCAAUGCCUACACAGAUGGUGAAAAACAAGAUGCUAUAAACUUAUUUUUGGGUUAUUUCCAACCACAAGACGGAAAACCAGCUCUUUGGGAAUUGGACACAGAUUACUAUCUUCACGUUAAUGGUCUUGGUGAUGAGAUGGCUCUUGAUAACUACAAUGACAAAAGUUCAUCACUUGGCACACCACCCAAUGAAGCUCCUGGGAUUACUCUUGCACCAAUUCCUGCUUGUAAAGAGGACUUCUCAAGGAUGAAAUUCACAUCAUUUGAUAAACUAAUCGAGAGGACAUGCAGUCUAAUAAGGAACGUGAGGAUUUACAGCGAGUCUGAUGCCAGAUUGAGUGGCAGCAUUGGAAAUCCUGGAAUGGCACCAGAUGCAGCUGAAAUUCAGCUUAAAACCCCUAAUUGGUUGUUUGGUCAAAGAAAGUAUGAAGAAAGUGCUCCUGCUGCAAAAGUUCCAUUGCCUGAAAAUGUAAAUGGGGGGCUCAACAGAGAGUCAAGUGCCUCUGGCUAUGGUGAUUUGAACUGGCUUUCAUAUGCUGGUGAUUCAAGUGAGGAGGAUAUUUUUAGAAGGUAUCUUGCGACUGCAUCUCUUGAUGAAACCGAUGAUUGGUAUGGUGGAACAUUAAUUUAUGAUCAAGAUGAAAACAGUGAAGUUUACAAGCACUAUGCCGAACUUUGUCAGGGCCCAGUCAUGGAUCCGUUUGAGCACGACUCCGAGAAAGAGAAGCACUACGCUGAAGCACUGUACGUGGGGCUGGAUAGUGCAGAUUACGAUGCGCGCGUGGAGGCGGAGAUGGAGGCCGCCCUCAAGGAAUACGAGAUCAUCGGAUCGGACCUCGGGAUCGUCCCCUCAUGCAAGGCCCUCGCCGAGGACCCAACACGGCUGACGAGAUGGAUCAUCGGUGAAGAGAAGGUGCAGUUGUAUGGGAAGUGAACCCCAGCAAAUAAAAAUGUAUCAGCCAUUUUCUUACUUUCCGUGUAUGUCAUAUUGAUUCGUUUUAAUAGCUAUGUUUUAUCCGAUAUAAUUCUUCGAUACUAUCGGAUAAAGCCCAGUUACCGAGAUGGAUCGUCGGCGGAUAGAAGGUGCAAUUACAUAAAGAAGUAAACCUUGGAAAAAUGUGGUAGUCAUGUCUCAUUCUCCAUGUAUAUGAUGUGGAUUUGGGUUAAUAGCUAUGUAUCAAUUUGUACCUGAAUGUUAACAGUUCAUGUAGAAAUUAAUGUAAAGAAAAAUGAUUUACAAAUAGCAUGAAAGGCUAAAGUAAUGGAAACUAUUUACUGGCUCCUUUUGCAAUUUCUUA